AUGGAGGGCCAGCCUUCUACAGGUAAUUCUAAAUAUCAAUAUCAAUCUGCACAGUGGUCGCGACUCGUGCGGCGUAAUACCCACGCCGAUUCAAAUUCCAGCUCCUCGCCGAGUGUUCCUGGUUUCCCUCAGCUUCCAACCCAAUUCAUUCCCAUUUUACUCCCCCAACAGCCCUCAUUUCACCAACAACAACUUGAACAGUACAACAAGCUCAUUUCUUCAGGCGGAAACACUAGACUGCAAACUGCACCACUUCCCCCACUACUUUCAGCACAACACAUUCAGGCGGUGCCCGGACAAAGAUCCAGCUCAAGUGGCGUUACCACGGAACGAAAACCAAAACCUGCUGCGAGGGGCGGUCAUGGGAAUAGGGACGUACGAAAAUUCAAUAAAAGCGAGCGCGCGCUCAUAACAGAGAAGGAGACAUCACCAGCGAUGCCGGGCAAGAAAUUUGAGUUGACAGCUCAACUCCCCCCACGACCAGUUGCACAACAUCAAAAUUCCACAUUGUCUCGAGAAUCGAAUUCCGUACCUUCUACACCACAUCAGCAUCCGAGGAAGUUCUCUUUCGACGAGUCGAGAGAACCUUCACCAAAUGCCCCUGGCAGCCAUUCCCCUAGAUCGGCAUACUCCGAAUCAAAUAUAACUCUACCUUCGAGACCACCUCCUGCCCAGCGGAGAGGAUGUCAGUACGAAACGGCUAUGGCCUCCAUAAGGCGGCGCAUGCCUUAUAGUCUUGGGGCUGAUCGAUUGGAACAAUUGAAGGAUUCUGAUCUGAAAAGCAAAUUGUCAGAUGAAGAAGAGAGAAAAUUGUCCACAGAUAUGCGCGAGCUAUAUGAUCGUUUAUUGCCAACGGCGGAAACCGACGAGAGAAGGAGGAAGCUGGUGUCGAAGCUGGAAGAUAUGUUUAACAAAGAAUGGCCUGGGCACGAUAUACGGGUUUAUGUUUUCGGUUCAUCGGGCAAUUUGCUUUGUACUGAUGCGUCAGAUGUCGAUAUUUGCAUAACGACCGACUGGAAGGUGAUGGAGGGUGUAUGCAUGAUUGCAGAAUUACUCGCAAAGAAUGGUAUGCAAAAGGUAAUUUGUGUAUCAACUGCUAAGGUUCCCAUCGUCAAGAUAUUUGAUCCGGAGCUCGAGUUGCCUUGCGACAUGAAUGUCAACAAUACCCAGGCUCUAGAGAACACUCGAAUGAUAAAAACGUACAUCGAGAUUGAUCCCCGUGUGAGGCCCUUGGCUAUGAUAAUCAAGCAUUGGACAAAGUCAAGGGCGAUCAAUGAUGCUGUUGGUGGCACAUUGAGCUCAUAUACAUGGAUAUGCAUGAUCAUCAAUUUUCUACAGAGUCGGGAGCCUCCUGUGUUACCAUCACUACAUCAACGGCCUCACCUUAGGUUACCAACGAAGGAAGGGGGUGAAAGCAGCUUCGCAGACGAUAUUGACGCCUUGAGGGGGUUUGGUCUGAAGAACAAAUCAACCUUGGGAGAACUUUUGUUCCAAUUUUUUCGAUUUUACGGGCACGAAUUCGAUUAUGACAAGCAGGUAGUCUCGGUCCGAAUGGGAAAGCAAAUCUCGAAGCAGGAGAAGAAAUGGGCAAUAGCAACAAACAACAUGCUGUGCGUGGAGGAACCUUUUAAUACUGAACGGAAUCUUGGAAAUACCGCAGAUGAUUUCUCCUUUCGUGGACUUCACUUGGAAAUGAGGAGGGCAUUCGAGUUGAUAUCUGGCGGCAAACUGGAUGAGUGUUGCGAAGAAUAUAUAUUUCCAAAAGAGCAGGAGCGAGUUUGGGAAAAGCCACCCCCGUCUAAGAAGCCAACAUUGACUGCUAGUCAUCCCCCGCAUAGGAAUGGCAGAGGAGGUCACCGUGGCGGUCGUAACAACCAUUCUAAUCGCAAUUCGUCAAAUGGCAGCCGCAAAUCUUCAAAUAGCAAUUACGAUAACCACAUGUACCCACAGCAUGGGAUACCGUCGAAUAUCUCUACACAGGACCAAUGGGCUGCCCAGCAACAAGCGCAAUCACAGUUGCACAACCACCUCUACGCCACGUAUUCGGUCUUACAGGCACAAGAGAAUACUUUAAGGAUGCAAUUGGUCCAACAAACGUACAUGGAACAGGCUCAUGCUCAUGCUCAGGCUCAUGCCCAGGCUCAAGCAUAUGCACAGUCUCACGGUCGCAUACAAGGCGGUGGCAUGCCAAUCAAGCAACAAGCCACUGAUCGAAAUCGAACCUCUUCGUUUGAUCAAGGGCCAUUAACAGCACCUAUACGACCGGACGGGAUGUACUUUUAUCCGUUCCAAUACGCUGGGCAACAAAUGUAUGCCUACCCAACCUCGAGUACGAAUCCCUCAUCUCCGCAAUUGAGUGCUGUUGUGCCAGAGAUGAGGAGAGGUAUUCAUCGGUCCACUGUUACAAAUGGCUCGAGCUCCAACAUGGUUCAAUCGAAUGGGUCUAUCAGGUCACAUUCACAACCCGGGACUCGUACUGCUCCUUCGCCUCUUUUAUUGCAAGGAAAUGGGCAUCCUGCUCAUGGUACCAAUGGAAUUGGGGUGUAUCAACCUUUGCGACCACAGGGCAACGGUGUUCCCAUCCCAAAUUUUAUUCCAGACGAGUCCACUGAACAAGGAUAUGAGUCGAGGCGAACGGCUACUACUCCACCAGAGCUUAGUACGCCAAAGGAGUAUGUUGGGUAUUACGUCAAUGAGCCAACUCAGCCAUAUACUCGCAGAGAUUUGCCUUUAGCGAUACCUUCGUUUGGAGACAUAUCUGGAAAUAGACGGCGAUUGUCAACCGAUCAGCUGCCGCAAUCGAUUCGUGACAGGAUCAAACGUAAUCCUUCACGGUCGCCGUCUCCACUAGGUAACGAUAGACGCUUCUCGCUGGCUCAAUCUGCUCCAUCUCAACAUGCGAUGUCCAGUUCUAAUCUUCGUACCCUGCACACCAAUGGACCAUUGGUAGUGAACGGUUCUUCUGCUGUGGGAGUCCCUAAUUCUGUUCCGACAAAUGAGGGGCCAAUCUUUGAAAAUAAGAUUUCCCACGCGAGAGGAUCUGUUGGAUCAAUAUCCCAAGCGUCUCUUACUGAGAGUGAUAUCUCAUUGGGGGAGGACUUUUCUGGGCAACGUACACCUAAAUUUACACGAAGUGGUCUAAGCGAGGUUUCUCCUUUAGUUGCUAAUGGAUCUAGUCCUAACCCGACUCCCCCAAAUGGCUCUAAUAGCCAUCAAUCAAUCGCAAACGGAUUGACAUCUGCAGAGGGCCUUGAUGGGUAUUCACGGUUGUCUCCUAACUCAAGGAAUAUUGCCGCCCGCAAUGUCCCAAAUGGCGGCAUCCCACUCCUCAACAUUGCGAGUGGUCAUAAUGACAUCCUCUCAAACGAGCUGUCGCAUCUUUCACCCGUAUACGAAACGCACACACCCUCACCGACGAUCAACAAAAAACUUGAGAAUCUGAAGUUGAAUGGACCUGCUGUCAUUGAGAAAAAUAAAAUUGAUCAUUCAAGGCCAAUCCCAAAGCAGUCAGUGGGAAUUGAGCAGCCGGUCAAGCAAUCUCCAUCUAAUUUGAAACAAAAUGGGCAUACUAGAUCUGCUAAGAGUGAGGGUGGUGGACCCGGAGUGUCUUCUGGAAAAUGGCAACAAACUCAACGUAAAAAGGGGCGUACUCCUAUUGAGGCUAAGAAUGUUAAUGGUGGUCAUUCGCACGGCGAGAAACUCCCUGUCAACGAAAGCGAGCGUAAGGGUGGGUAA